AUGGCGCAUCAUCGUCUCCUCAGCCAAGAUUCGGCCAUUUUCUCUCCCUCAGUUGCUCGUAUCGCCGCUUCCACCGCCCGCGACUGGUCCUAUAUCGACGCCUGGCUCUCCUCUAAAUUCCACCCUCGACCAGUCCCGUCUUUCGAGCGCAACAAUGACACUCUCAAAGCCCUAUUAGCUCUCGCCUCUGUCAACGAAGCUGCCGAUGAUGAGCGUAACCUGGUAGCUAAGUCUGAAGCAACUGCUUUGCAGGAACUCACCGACUCUGAGAAGAAGAUCGACAAAACCAGCCGGCCACUGAGGGAAGGCCUCAUUGAAGCCGUAGAACACAACCUGCCUACCGAUGGCCACACCGCUCUUGAUGCCAUUGCCAAUAUGGCGCUCCAAUUCGGAGUCGCCUUCCCAGAGCCCGACACACUAGGCCAGCGCAUGUGCCAACUUCAAGCAAGCAUCCACGAUGCUGAACAGAUGAAGGCCCGCGUCGAGGUCCUCCACAAACAUAUCGACGACGAAGCAGCUCGAAUAAAGGAACUUCUCAAAGAGCUACAGAGAGAUGACUACCAGCCUCCAGCACAUUUGGCCAUACAGAACCUCGACAUGCAGCGCAAGGUCAAGGCAUUGUCCGCCAAGCUACCUGAGCUUCAAGACAAGGUUGCUGCUCUGGCUGCAUCCGCCGACUCCUCGCACCCGACCAUUGCCGACCUUGCUCGUGACGAACAAGAAUACCUGUCAGUGUUAUCACGAAAGAAGGAGCUCGACGUCCAGCUGGCCACCUUUCAAGGUCUUCCUAGCAAUCCAGAUGUGGCCAGGGCUGAACUCGAAGAGCUUCGAGAUCAAUUACGUUCUGUAGAAUCGCAGCGUGAUGCUGUCUUUGAAGGCUUAGUGGAACGUGAAAGUCCUGUUAAGCGACGACGCUGA